UUACGUUUGGGGAAGUUGCACAAUUUCGGAAAUACACAUUUUUACUGGUGUGUAAGCAGAAAUAUCAGUUUGCCAGUGUUCCUUAUUUACGGGUUUAGUCAGUGGAGGAUUAUAAACAUCCGUAACCGGUUCUGUAAGUUGUACAACAUGUCGGUAACUGUCAGAUAAACUCCGUACCCGGGUUUUCAGUAUUUUCUCGUACAAUGAAUAAUUCAGUAACUUCCGCUACUUACAUUCGCAACCUCAGUUACACUUUACGUCGCAGGCUGUCCGACUUUUUGGACCCUCAAGACAGGUGGAAAGAUGUUGUUGUCUCGAUACGGAAGCCGGGUGGAGAGCUGAGGUACUCUCAGCACCAUAUGAGGAGAUUUGAAGGCCUUGUUGCACAGGGGAGAAGUCCCACAGAGGAGCUGCUGAAUGACUGGGGGACCACUAACAGUACAGUGGGUGAACUGGUGGACAUUUUGAGGAGUCACAAGUUACUGGCUGCUGCCAGUGUUCUGCUGCCUGUGCAAGAGGCCUCCUUAGCAGAGAGACAGCCAGCCUGUCCAGUUGUAGCAAUAGAGAGUGCGCUUCCAACCAGGCCACUACAAGAGAGAGAGACACAGCUGCCACCUGUCAGCCCCACUCUGCAGCCACUGAUUCUACAGGAGAGCAGUGAACCAGGUUUCUCCAGCUUUCUGUACAAUGAGCUGAUGGAGAUUACUGGCAACUUUGAUAACCGUCCCAUGUCAGAUGGUGGUAGCAGACUGGGAGAGGGAGGCUUUGGCACUGUAUACAAAGGUGUCCUGAAUGACAAACCUGUUGCAGUGAAAAAGCUCAAUCCAAUGGAUGACAUUUCAUCGGACGAGCUGCAAGUUCAGUUCCAUCAAGAAAUCCAAACUCUAAAAGUGUUGAAGCAUGAGAACUUGGUAGACAUGGUUGGAUUUUCCUGUGAUGGACAGCACCCAUGUUUGGUGUAUGCCUUUAUGGCCAAUGGUUCUUUACUAGACCGUCUAGCCUGCUUGGAUGACAGUCCUCCACUAUCCUGGCAGCGGAGAUGUUUGAUAGCUGAAGGGACAGCCAGAGGCUUGGAGUAUCUGCACUGCAACCAUCAUGUCCACAGAGAUGUUAAAAGUGCAAAUAUCCUAUUGGAUGAAAAUUUAGUGGCAAAAAUCUCAGACUUUGGGCUGACGAGAGCAUCGGCCAGACGGACAUCAACAACCAUGAUGACGGAGAGGAUUGUGGGUACACGUGCAUACAUGGCACCUGAGGCCCUCAGAGGAGAGAUCACACCAAAAUCUGAUGUCUUCAGCUUUGGAGUAGUGUUGCUAGAAAUAUUGUCUGGACUCCCGCCAGCCAGUGAAAACCAGGAGCCACAGUUCUUGAUGGAGUUUGUGUAUGAUAUAGAUGAUGAAGACGAGGACCUGACACUGGAGGAAUUUCUUGACAAAAAGAUGACAGACUGGGAGCUGAGCCAAGUGGAGACUGUCUAUUCUUUGGCUUCUAACUGCCUCCACGACAGGAAAAACAGACGGCCAGUCAUCAAAGAGGUAGCGUCUGAGCUGAAAGGGGUUGUCAAAAGCCUAUCACUGGCGUAAUGUUCCAGAGAAGACACAAGAUAUCUCCACCUGCUCCAAUCAGUGCACUAUGAUUUAAUACAUUUCCUUUUCAACGGUUUGCAUAAAUGUCUGUUGCUUGUUGACUGUGAAUGACAAAAAGUAUUGUUUUGCAUCAGUUUCUUUUUUUUAUAAUAAUAAAUGUUUUUACCGUAUUUUGAAUAAUUUUUUUUAUUUUUGAUAAGCACCAUGUAGCAUGUUUUUAAUUGUUAAUGAAGCACUGCAGUAUACAGUAAUAGCAUUACGCAUUUUGUUAGUUAUGUCAUAAAGAUUUGAUGUCUUAACAUCUUGAAAAAGAUAAAAACAAAUUUUCUUGCCAGUGUUUUGCAUCAUUUAUUUAUUGUAAAAAGAGUAAAAGGAAUAAAAUAAAUGAAACAGAAAA